AUGAGUCCACCUAGACGAAAAAAGACGUUUAAUAAUUUUUUGAUAAAUAAUAAAGCUCAGAAGAUAAAAAAGAAAUUUGUUCAUAAAGUAAAAACGAAGAAAGGCUUUUACAAAACUUUAUCGAAAGAAAAACAUGAAUUGGAGACGCCUUCCUUCUACAAACAGAUAUUUGACGAAAAGUCAGCAGAUAUCAAUGAGGAUUAUACAAAUCAGGAAAGACAAAUAUCAGAUAGCGAAGAUAACCUAGAUGAAGAUGAUCACCAUGAAGAAUUAAUUAAACGUGAUAAGGGUUCUUCCGAAGAAUCCAAGAAGAGUGGAAAGAUCAAAUCGAAUCAUAGACCUAAACCAAAUCCAUUCUAUAAACUUCUAAAAGAAAGAGACCAUUUUCAACAUAAAAAACAGGCUAAAAUUGAAGCUAUUAAACAAGAAAAAGAAAUGCGAAUUCAGAAACAAAAGGCUUAUCUUACUCAUCGAAAAAUAACAAAGAAAAAAUUUUUGAAACGUAAUUCGAAAGGACAACCUUUAAUGAAAACUCGGAUUGAUCAUCUAUUAUCAAAGAUCACUAACUAA